GGGAGGGGGAGGAGGCAGCCCGGCGGGGGCAAGUGGGGGACCCAGCCGGGCUGGGCUCCUGGGCCCCGGGUCUGUACAAUAUGGUUUGCUAUAAAAGUCAAAAUCUUCCAGCCGGGGCCGCCGAGUUGGUGUGUGUGUCUGCGGCGUUGGGGAUGUGGGGCUAGGGCGGGGAAGACCCGAGUGUUCGUUGAGGCCCUGGGAGGAGGGGGCUGUUUGGAUGGAUCUGGGAGACCUAGGUCCUACCGGGCUUCCGGAAAUUGAGGAUGCAGGGUCUCCUGCGGUCCCUACAGUUAGAUGAGCUCACUUUCCCGGAGUUCACUGUUCAGGUAGGGCUUUGGAGUCUGGACGUUGGAGGUGUCCAGGUGUACCUGCAGUGGUCCAGAGCCCGGAACUCCCAGUCACUGACUGGGGCUGGGCGUUCAUCUCAGCGGGGCUCAGGCACCUAGAGGAUAUUCUAAGUGGACUGGGGUCUCGGGGUCCCUUGGGAUCUCUGCGGACGGUCCCCCGGCUCCACCCCAUCAUGUGGCCGCCCCGGCUCCGCCUCCGCCCCAGUUCCUGUUUCGGCCUCGGCAGUCCUGCUUCAGCCCCUACGGCUCCCCGCAGACGCCUGUUCUUCCUGCUCCGCCCGGGCCACGUCUUACUGGGCGCUCGCCGUCGCAUCCCCGCUCGUCCCGCCGGGGGAUGGGGCCUUCCCCCGGCCUGGGCCCGCCCUGUUGGGGUCCCCGAGGCGACUCGGCCCCGCCUUGAUGGACUGGCCCGCCUGGUGCUGCGGCCCCAGGAUGAAGGGCGGCGAGGGGGACCCGGGCGAACAGGCCCCGCUGAACCCGGAGGCCGAGAGCCCCGCGGGUUCGGCCACCUACCGGGAGUUCGUGCACCGCGGCUACUUGGACCUGAUGGGGGCCAGUCAGCACUCGCUGCGGGCGCUCAGCUGGCGCCGCCUCUACCUCAGCCGGGCCAAGCUGAAAGCUUCCAGCCGCACGUCUGCCCUGCUCUCGGGCUUCGCCAUGGUAGCCAUGGUAGAGGUACAGCUGGAGAGCAACCACGAAUACCCGCCGGGCCUGCUGGUGGCCUUCAGCGCCUGCACCACCGUGCUGGUGGCUGUGCACCUCUUUGCACUCAUGGUCUCCACCUGUCUGCUGCCUCACAUUGAAGCCGUUAGCAACAUCCACAACCUCAACUCUGUCCAUCAGUCUCCACACCAGCGACUCCACCGCUACGUGGAGCUGGCCUGGGGCUUCUCCACUGCCUUGGGCACCUUCCUCUUCCUUGCUGAAGUUGUCCUGGUUGGCUGGGUCAAGUUUGUGCCCAUCGGGGCCCCCUUGGGCACACCAGGCUCUGUGGUACCUGCCUCCCAGGUGCCUGAGACUCUGCCACCAGUGGCCACCUCCCUUAGUCCAGCUUCCAAGCCAUCCUCUGCUUCUGUAGCCCCGUCACAGGCUGAGCCACCUGAGGCCUGCCCACCUCGGCAAGCAUGUGGCGGUGGUGGUGGGGCCCAUGGACCAGGCUGGCAAGCAGCCAUGGCCUCCACAGCAAUCAUGGUACCUGUUGGGCUUGUGUUCAUGGCCUUUGCCCUUCAUUUCUACCGCUCCUUGGUGGCUCACAAGACCGACCGCCACAAGCAAGAGCUAGAGGAGCUGAGUCGCCUGCAGGGGGAGCUGCAGGCUGUGUGAGGCCGGUGUUAGCCACAGCUGCGAGCACCGCCUCCCUCAGGGGUCAGCCAGAAACCCCAGUUCUACGGACCCCAUCCCCCGCCCUGCCUGGAGCCACUUCCUGUGGCCACUCUCAGGUAGAGAACAGAUUCCUGCCCUCAGGGUCCUUUGGGCUGGGCCUUGGGCAGCUCCCACAUUCCCAGGGAUUCUCCCUGUCAGUCUGUCCCGUGGGUUUUGGAAAUUCUACUCUACACCUGGGCUGGGAGGAGCAAGGGAGGAAGCGGAAAGUCCUCAGUCCAAGGCUCAUGCGGUAGGUAGAGGGGAGGCAGGGAGACCCUGUCAGACCUUUGGUGCUGACUCUUAGCCACUUGCCCCCAUAUAGAAUGCGGAGGUCAGAAGCUUACACACCCACCCAGCUGCCCCAGAAGGCAGCCAAUCGUUGCUGUACUUUUGUAGAAUCUAUUUUAUGGUUGGCUUUUUUUUUCUUCCUCAUCCUCAGAUUUUGAUGGGUCCCACCCUCUUGCUUUGGUGUUUGGGUAGAGCGAUUUGGGUGUUUCUACCCCAGGCAUAUGUCCAGCCUUUCCAAGGAGAAGCCACCCUAUUUGGAGGAGGUUCAAAUGCCUGCCCCACUGCCCUAGACCCACACUUAUGCUUCUGUAUCUGGUUCCUACUCUCCUGGUUCAGGGCUGGGUUCGGUGUGCCCAGCCUGAUCCCUAGCAAGGGUUGGGGUGAGGUUUUAAGGGAGGAGGUCCAGUCCAUAGCCCUUGGAAUACAGAGCUAUUCUGACACUGAAUUUUUGAUGCACCUAGUUUUGUAUAAUAAAUUGUGUUUCACACA